GGGGGGGCGAGACGGGGCAUAUAGGUGGCGUCCGCUGCUGAGAAACACCUAGCGCAGGGACCAGGGUGGCGGCGAGAGGGGAGUUCCCACCUGUUGCGCUCUUAAAGAAAUGAAGACUUGAGAAAAUACCAAGGAGGGGCCGAUCGGUGUCUUUUGGGCGCGCCUGGAGCCCCACCCUCGGCCAGAGGAAAAGCCUCUUGGGUGGCAGGCAGGCGCUGCAGAGAAAGCCAGAGGAAAAGCGCCUCUCCCCGCGCGCCACCUCCCGUGCCUCCCACUCGCUCUGCGCGGCCGGCCCAGCCUGCACUCCCGCCGCGGCCUUUGGCCCCGCCGGGCCUUCCCACCCCGACCUCCGGGCGCCUCUCGGCGACCUGUCCCCGAGCGCUCCCAUGGCGCCCGCCCGCCCCACGCGCUCCCGGAGCGGAGCCCUCUGCAGGCAACUGCUGUUGGCCCUCACGAUCUUAACAUUUACCUGUGAUGCCUGCAAAAAAGUCAUACUACAAGUUCCCUCCCAGCUAGAUGCUGAGAAAUUUGUUGGUAGAGUUAACCUGAAGGAGUGCUUUCAAUCUGCAAAUCUAAUUCAUUCAAGUGACCCUGAUUUCCAAAUUUUAGAAGAUGGGUCUGUCUAUACAACAAAUGCUAUUCUUUUGUCCUCAGAGGAGAGAAGUUUUACCAUAUUACUUUACAACACUGAGAACCAAGAAGAAAAGAAACUACUUGUUCUUUUACAGCAUCAAACAAAGGUAUUAAAGAAGAGGCAUUCUAAAGAAAAAGUUCUAAGACGUGCCAAGAGACGGUGGGCUCCUAUUCCUUGUUCAAUGCAAGAGAAUUCCUUGGGUCCUUUCCCACUUUUUCUUCAACAGAUUCAAUCUGACACUGCACAAAACUACACUAUAUUCUAUUCCAUAAGAGGACCUGGGGUGGACCGAGAACCUAUAAAUUUAUUUUAUGUAGAGAGAGAUACUGGAAACUUAUAUUGCACUCGUCCUGUAGAUCGUGAGGAGUAUGAAUCUUUUGAGCUAAUUGCCUUCGCCACAACUCCGGAUGGAUAUACUCCGGAACUUCCACUGCCCCUGGUAAUCAGAAUUGAGGAUGAAAAUGAUAACUACCCAGUUUUUACAGAAACAACUUAUGUUUUUACAGUUUCCGAAAAUUGCAGAGUUGGUUCUACCGUGGGACAGGUAUGUGCAACUGACAAAGAUGAACCUGACACGAUGCACACGCGUCUCAAGUACUCCAUCAUAGAGCAGUUGCCAGCAUACCCCACACUGUUUUCCAUGCAUCCAACUACAGGCGUGAUCACCACAUCAUCAUCUCAGCUAGACCGAGAGGUAACUGAUAAAUACCAGUUGAAAAUAAAAGUACAAGACAUGGAUGGUCAGUAUUUCGGUUUGCAGACAACUUCAACUUGCAUCAUUAAUAUUGGAGAUGUAAAUGACAACUUACCAAUAUUUACCCGUACUUCUUAUGUGACGUCAGUGGAAGAAAAUACAGUUGAUGUGGAAAUCUUACGUGUUACUGUUGAGGAUAAGGAUUUAAUGAAUACUGUGAAUUGGAGAGCUAAUUAUACCAUUUUAAAAGGCAAUGAAAAUGGGAAUUUUAAAAUAGUAACAGACCCCAAAACCAAUGAAGGAGUUCUGUGUGUGGUUAAGCCACUGAAUUAUGAAGAAAGACAACAGGUGAACCUACAGAUUGGCGUAGUUAAUGAAGCUCUGUAUUCUAGAGAGGCUCAUUCACGAUCAGUCAUGAGCACAGCAACAGUUACUGUUAAUGUAAAAAAUCAGGAUGAGGGCCCCGAGUGUAGCCCUGCAGUGCAAACCGUUCAAAUUAAAGAAAAUGUGCCAGUGGGAACAAAGAGCAAUGGAUAUAAAGCAUAUGACCCCGAAACAAGAAGUAGCAGCAACAUAAGGUAUAAGAAAUUAACUGAUCCAAAAGGGUGGGUCACAAUUGAUGAAAAGGAAGGAUCGAUCACAAUUUUCAGAAACCUGGAUAGAGAGGCAGAGAACAUCAGAGAUGAUAUAUAUAAUAUCACAAUUCUUGCGUCAGACAAAGACGGGAAAACAUGUACUGGGACCCUGGGAAUUAUACUUCAAGAUGUGAACGAUAAUGGCGCAGUUAUUCCAAAGCAGACAGUAGUAAUCUGCAAAACUGUCCUGUCAUCUGCGGAUAUUGUUGCUGUCGAUCCCGAUGGGCCUACGAAUGGCCCGCCCUUCGACUUCAGUUUGGAGAGUGAUCCUGAUUCAGACUUAGAAAGAAAGUGGAGAUUGACAAAAAUUAACGAUACGGCAGCUCGUCUUUUCUUUCAGGAGGACCUUCCGUUUGGAACGUACCGAGUACCUGUCAGAGUCACAGAUAGACACGGCCUGUCACUCAUCACUCCAUUGAAUGUUAUGUUAUGUGACUGUAUUACUGAAAAUGACUGCACGCUUCGCAGAGAUCCGAGGACUGACCACAGAGAAGUGAGACUUGGAAAAUGGGCCAUCCUUGCAAUAUUGUUGGGCAUAGCCUUGCUCUUUUGUAUCCUAUUUACCUUAGUCUGUGGGAGUACUGGGGCAGCGAAGCAGCCCAAAGUAUUUCCUGAUGAUUUAGCCCAGCAGAACCUCAUUGUGUCAAACACAGAAGCUCCAGGAGACGACAAAAUAUGCCCCACGAAUGGCUUCACAAUGCAUACUGUGGGCAAUUCGGCUCAGGGAAUUUGUGGCACCCUGGAAUCAGGAGUGAAAAAUGGAGGGCAGGAAACCAUUGAGAUGGUGAAAGGCGGACACCAGACUCUGGAACUGUGCCGGGGGACCGGGCACCAUCACACCCUGGAUUCCUGCAGGGGAGGACCUGUGGAGGUGGACAACUGCAAAUACAACUACUCCGAGUGGCAUGAUUUCACUCAGACCCAUCUUGGUGAAGAAUCCAUUAGAGGACACACUCUGAUUAAAAAUUAAACAAUGAAAGAAGGUGCAACUGUGUAAUCAGGAUGACAAGCAUAAGCAUGCUCAAGACUAUGUCCUUACGUAUAACUACGAAGGCAAAGGAUCGGUGGCUGGUUCUAUAGGUUGUUGCAGUGAACGACAAGAAGAAGAUGGGCUUGAAUUUUUGGAUCAUUUGGAACCCAAAUUUAGGACACUAGCAGAAGCAUGCGUAAAGAGAUGAGUGUAUUCUAAUAAGUCUACAAAAGCCAGUGGCUUUAUCUCCCUCCCACCUGUGCUUUUUUCAUUACAAGCCAGGAUUUUUGAAAAAUAAAAGAUGCUGUGUUUCGGGUUUCCCCUCUUUAUUUCCAUGGGAUCUCUUUAGCCAAGUGGGUAUUUACAGAAAAAUGCUGUAUAUACGUAUACAAAUUUCCCAGGUUUUACAUAGUUAUUAAUUAGUUGUCUUCCACCCAAGGAGACCUACAGAUAGAAAAAUUAAGGAAGUCUACAUUAUUGUUUACAUUUGGGUAUAAUGACAAUAGCCAAUUUAUAGUGCAAUAAAAUGUAAUGAAUUCAAGUGUGUGUCCUACACUACUUAAAGUAUAACCUGUUAGAAAAUUGUAGAGAACUCGCUUUAACAUUAUCUUCACUUACCUAAUUAAUUUUUUGUGUGGUGCUUGAAAACUGCUGUUCUCCUAAACAUUAUAAAGUGUGUAUAUUACAUUCUUGAUAAUGUUUUAUUCUUAUAACAUUAACUUUCUUUUUCAUGCAAAGGGAGAGUCCCAGCCAGGCAUUGACUGGUAACACAAUUCCAUUUUGGUGGAGUUUAGUUUCUGUGUUUCAUUCUAUAUAAAAUCCUGCACUGAAUCUACGUUUCUCUGUUACCUACCUUGUCAGAGAAGUUUAAGUUUAAAAACUGCUUUAAGAAUGUAUUUUUACUUCUGCAGAGUUUCGGUCCUUGGUCUGCCUCUGUCUCUAAUCUCUCUCUCUCUCUCUCUAUUUCUCUCUCUCUCUCGGUCUCACUAUCUCUCUUUCUCUUUAUUUUUUAAAUUUCUUCUUGGGUUGGAAAAUCUAAAUAUUUUGAAAAGCCAUCUCUCUUCUCUUCUAAAGCGAGUGAUUCUGUUUAUGUUUUAUGUAAGUGUAUUAUUCUGUUUUUUUUGAAAUCUGUGUAAUGUUGAUGUUAUUGUUUCAAGUAUCUUGGUCAUUGCUUCAUUAUUUCCUCAACAAAGGAACUAACUUUGCCAUUGAAACUAAAAAUAAGUCAUGCUUUUAUUAGAUGCAACAUUCUUUGUUAACAAAAGGGUAUUUAAAAUUGGAAUGUGGGGCGCCUGGGUGGCUCAGUUGGUUAAGCGACUGCCUUCGGCUCAGGUCAUGAUCCUGGAGUCCCGGGAUCGAGUCCCGCAUCGGGCUCCCUGCUCUGCAGGGAGUCUGCUUCUCCUUCUGACCCUCCCCCCUCUCAUGUGCUCUCUCUCAUUCUCUCUCUCUCAAAUAGAUAAAUAAAAUCUUUAAAAAAAUAAAAAAAAUAAAAAUAAAAAUAAAAUUGGAAUGUGGAUAGUAUAUAAUAGCAUGUUUACAGUUCAUAUCUUCAAUGCAAGGGUAUAGUUUUUAAAUGUGAAAUAAUGAUGGUUUUUGAAAUAAGCUUUGAGGUACAGGAUCGUGAAAGUUCUCCAGGAAUAAGUAUUUUAUAACUUUUUAGAUGAAACGACUAGUCGUAUCUAUGUGUUUGAGAAGUUGUUGCUUUCUUUUUCAUAUUUUAAGAUUACAGUUUUUAACAAAUGUAGAGUGGGCCAAACUAUUUAUAUUUUGAAACAAUAAGACAAAUUAAACUAAACAGCCAACCAAGUUCCAGGCCAGGUUUCACAGCUGAUUUCAGUCAAUGAAACACACAUUUUAAAUGUGUUUCUGAUAGUAACAAUUGUUAAUACUGUGCCUAUCUUAAAUUCACAAGUUUGGCUUAUAAAAAUUAUUUUUAAAAAUUAACAUUGGGUAAUUAUUCCAUAGUCAAUUUAUCUUUUUAAUAGUUUUGUUAUUGUUCAGUCAAAAAUACGAUUUCCCAAAGUUAUUUUAAAUAAAUCAUGUCUACAAUGUUG